UAGUAGGCAGCACAUAAGCUUGAACACAACUCCAAGAUGCCUGCUACGUUUUGUCUGUGUGAAGGGUAGCAGGGCUUGAUGAGAUUAAGUUAAAAACCCAAUAGUAUCCAAAUGUAUUAUCCUGUUGUACUUAAGGAACGACAUGAAGCUGUUGUACGUCGCACAAUUGAAAGAAGCCAGAAGCCAAAACAAAAGCAAAACAGGUGGUCCUGGGGAGGAGCGCUACAUAACCGCAUUAAUAACACAGAUCCAGACAGGCGGUCUGUUUCAACAAUGAACCUUUCGAAACAUGUUGAUCCAGUCAUUAACAAGCGGCUCUCCUCCUCAUCUGCAACAUUACUAAAUUCUCCAGACAGAGCUCGGCGUCUACAGCUUAGUCCAUGGGAGAGCAGCAUCGUUAGCAGGCUCCUGACGCCCACUCACUCAUUCCUGGCCCGAAGUAAAAGCACAGCUGCAUUGUCUGGAGAUGCAGCAUCUUGCAGCCCCAUCAGUCCUCUGUCCUACAAGGCCAUGAACUGUAGGAAUCCAGGAGACCGAGCAAAACUUUAUGCCUCUACUGAUGCUGUUGGACGUAGGAGAACAACGCAUCUUGCAGGGACUGACAAAAAAAAGGAGAGAGACCAUUUGUCAUCCAGCUUCUCAGCCAGCUUUAAAGGAGGUCAUUUUUCUUCCAACCCCAAAACUAGAUCACCAGCUCCCUCUCCAGUCUGGCAUGCAUCAAAGUCUUUGCCUUUUUUGCCUGGCACACCCAAGCAGAUAACUUCCCCACCUGGUUCCUCCAAAGUUUCCUCUACUCAGGUACGUCCUCCUUCUCCUGGCAACAUCCGGCCAGUCAAAAAAGAGGUCAAACCAGAGAGUGAGAAGAAAAGACCAGAAAAGGAGGCUGAAAAGGCCAAUGAGGAGAGGACAGAAGAGAGUAAAGGAACUUCAGUAGGUACUGGAGAAUCUGCAAGUCGGGAAGAGCUUGCUGUCCAGGCAGAUCUCACUCAAGCAGCCAGCCCAUCCCUACCUACUGCUCCGCCAGCUCUUUCUCCACCCCCAGCCCCCACAAAGACCUCUGCGGGUACGACUGACCCUGAAGAAGCAACAAGGCUGCUGACUGAGAAGAGGCGCCUUGCCCGUGAGCAGCGGGAACGGGAAGAGCAAGAAAGGAGGGAGAGAGAAGAGCUUGAAAGGCAAAAGAAGGAGGAGCUGUCACAGAGGAUAGCUGAAGAAAGAGCUCGCCGAGAAGAGGAAGAAGCUCGCAGACAGGAAGCAGAAAAAAAACGAAAGGAAGCAGAGGAGGGGCGGGAAAAGGAAGAACGGCUGCGCCGACAGGCAGAAGAGAGAGAACAGAAAGAGAAAGAAGAGCUGGAGCGCGUUCAGAAACAAAAAGAAGAGGAAGCUCGCCUACGGGAAGAGGCAGAGCGGCUUCGAUUAGAACGUGAAAAGCAUUUCCAAAGAGAAGAGCAAGAGCGCUUGGAAAGGAAGAAGAGGCUUGAGGAGAUCAUGAAGAGAACUAGGCGUGUAGAAGCGGUAGAUAAGAAACCCAAUGACCAGCAAAAUGGACAUAUAUCAAAGGCAAAUAUUACUGGAGAAGCAGUCAUAACCAGUCCUGCAUCUCCCUUGGAACCUGCAGGAGGACCUCAGCUUCAGCAUGCGAUGCAAUCUCCGCACAACGGGAAACCCAUCACCUGCUCGCGCGUGAUUGUUUCACAUCAACCCCCAGUAAAUAUGGACAGCAAUCUCAAUCCAGAGAAAAAUGCAAACGAAAAUGGAACAUCUAUGCAGAAUGAUAACUUUGAAGAGAUCAUAAACCUGCCUAUUGGUUCUAAGCCAUCCCGGCUGGAUGCCAUGAACAAUGAUGGAAGCAAUAGUCCUGAAAUUCCUUUGAAUCCAAUUCUAGCCUUUGAAGAUAAGGGGACCCUCUUGCCUCAGGUAGAUAGUGUUCAAACACAUCAAACAGCAGAAGUGAUCUGAUUGUUUCUUCUGAAGAACCAAAGGUGAUAUGAGCAUCUCUGCAGUCAGUGGAGUUUCUUCCAUGCUAUGAAGGAGUGUUUUAUUUUUUCUCUCCAGUUUUUUAAAGAUUUAUUGAAUAUCUUUUUUGGAAGGACUUUAGUAAAACCAGCAGAAGAAAUGAUGGGAAUAGACUUGGAUCACCUUUCUAAUAGCUUUCAUCACUAGAAAAAUCAUGCUUCACAUGCAUUACUUAAUAUGGCUUUUUCCAACAAGCUUUUUCUGUUAGUAAAUGGAUAUUUCUGCAUUCCUUAAGACACAAGACACUGGAAUCUGAAAGCAAUGGGCUGAUUUGGGUGGUGGGACUGAUUCUUUUUCUAAAAAGGUGGGUGUUGGUUUAAAAGGCAUAAUUGUAAAAUUGGCAAAGAAUCUUUUACACUUUGUGGUUCUAAUACUUGAAAAAUAAAUACCUCAUUGCUCUACAAGUAGAGUUAAUGGGGUGUUUUAUUUAAACCUGUUGGUUUAAAUAUUAUUGCAGAGAACUCUAAUUAUAGGGGCAAAGUAUAGGCUUCUGUAUCAGGUUCUUGUAAAUGUAAUUCCUACAGGGACAUUCUGUAAAUUGAGACGUCACUAUGAUCUUCUCACAUUUUCUCUAAAAACACAAAAUAAGGCAGGUUUUAAAAUGUGAAAAUUUGAAAGCAUUAUUUUUUCAUGGACAAGAGGAAAACCUAUUGUUCUCCUAGAUGAUGUAUUUAUGAAUUUUGUUCAGUACAGAAAUAAAUCCUUUAAUUGAAUAAAUUAGAAAAAUGUGGUAAAACAAUACUGCAAACUUGAUUUUUUUUUUUAGUUACAUCCACGUUCACAAUACUAUAAAAGAUGUGUACCCAUAUGGGCACACACGCAAGGAAGUACCUUGUUCUGAGUCCUGUAAAUUGCUGCUUUUCCCAGUGAUGGAAGACUUUGCCUUAUCAGACUAUUGAAGACUGUGUGAAACCUGAGAUAUUUGAUUUUUGGAUGAUGAAGCAGGU